UGUCUUACCCCAUCUCUGCUCUUACCAUCUUCGCAAAGUUUCGAAGGCGCUACGUUGAAUAAUGUCGGACGAAAUUGAAUAAAUGCAAUUAAUAUGAUUAAUAAUCGCGUAUCAUUCAAUCUGACAGUGGCACCGGUUUUAUUUUACUAAAACUCUCGCCUAGGGCGUUUUACAUUCUCAUAAGUUCGAGUAAAAUACAGUAAACAUGGAAAUUAAUAACAAAACUGGGUCCGAAAAAAUUCAAGUCAAGUCGCAAGAAAUGAGUGAAAGUGACUGCGAUAGUGGUGUGAAACAAGAAAUUGAGGGUAGGGAAAAAUCAUUGCGUGUUUCGCAUACGGUGCCAGGAAUCAAACAGAAAAUUAUUCCUGAAAAGCCGAAGGUGCAGAGCGUGCAGAAUAAAGAGGAGCAGAUUGAAGAGUUCGAUUCUGAUGAGGAGGAAGAACUGGAAAAGUCUAAGAACGAAAAUACUGUACCAAAUGAUUAUUCCAAACAUUUGACCUACGAAGGAGACAUUUGCAUUUAUACCGAGCCAGGAACUGGAAGAAAGCUCGUUUGGAACGCAGAGGAAAAUGCUUGGCGUGAUCGCGAUACUCCUUCGGGUGAAACUGUAGCUGCAGAGACUGAUCCCACAAAAGAAUAUGAGCAUGACGGAAAAAAUUAUGUUUACACGGACAAAACAACAAACCUGACAUAUAAGUUUGACCAGGAGAAGAACGAGUGGAUUGUAAAGGAUAAAGACGAAGUCGUUCAGGGAGAAGAAAAAUCUGCAGAGAGCGGAAAGAGAGAAGGUCCCACCACCACCACACCGAAUGCAAUUUAUGCUUUUGAAAAUGAUACGCACACGUAUACAGAUCCUAGCGAUGGAAGUGUUUACAUGUGGGAUCGAAAAAAGCAUGCUUGGUUUCCUAAGGUGGAUGAUGAUUUUAUGGCAAGGUAUCAAAUGAGUUAUGGUUUUACGGAUCCUAACGCUGUAGAAAAGAAUCCUAAACCUGCAGCACUUGUUAUUCCAACAAAAAUAGACAAGGAACAAAAAAGGCUUGAAGCCAAGCGAAAAAAUCUAGAACCUCCGACUUGGUUUGAAAUCGAUGACAAAAACAACACUGCGAUUUAUGUGCAAGGAUUGCCCCCCGAUAUUACCAUGGAAGAACUAACGGAAUUAUUUAACAAGUGCGGUCUUCUUGCUCGUGACGAAAAAGGAAAGGACAAAAUCAAAUUGUACAGGGAUAAGUUCGGAGAGCUGAAAGGAGACGCCCUCUGCACGUACAUUAAGAUUGAAUCCGUAGACCUCGCUCUAAAUAUUCUGGAUGGAUGGAAAAUCAGAGGGAAGACUUUAUCAGUUCAAAGGGCGAAAUUCCAGUUAAAAGGAGAAUACGAUCCCGCGAAAAAACCGAAAAAGAGGAAAAAGGACAAAGAGCGACAGAAGAAAUUUCAAGAAAAAUUGUUUGAUUGGCGACCAGAUAGAUUGCCUGGAGAGCCUCAAAAACAUGAGCGUGUUGUGAUUAUCAAAAAUCUUUUUAAACCAGAAGAUUUCGACAAAGAAGUUUCUCUUCUUUUGGAAUAUCAGACGGAUGUCAGAUCCGAGUGUGCAAAGUGUGGAGAAGUCAAAAGAGUUCUCAUUUGUGAUCGACAUCCCGAUGGAGUUGCCCAAGUGACAUUCAAGGAAUCCGAAGCAGCUCAGGCGUGUGUGCAGUUAUUAAACGGCCGUUGGUUUGGACAGAGAAAAAUAACUGCAGAAAUUUGGGACGGAAAGACAAAAUACAAAGUUGCCGAAACAGAGGCUGAGAUUGAGGCGAGGAUAGAUAAAUGGGAUAAAUAUUUAGAAGACGUAGAAGAUACGAAGGAAGAGGAGCAAAAAGCAGCGGUCAAAAAGGAAACUGAGGAAAGAGAGCAAGCUAGAUCGAGUGGGAAAAAGUCAGAUGGGGAAAGUAUGGGUGAAGAAUCAGAGAAAAGUAAGAUGGAAAAAACCCGUAGUUGUAGGACCUAGAUUAUAAAUAAUAUUAAUUAAGUAAUUAUUUUUCUGUAAUAAAUUCGAAAACAUCGAAAAUCUCCGCAUCACGCAGAAUCAAUGAUUCUCUUCUUUCGUUUCGCUGAAAACUACAUAGCAAUCGGAUUUAUUUUGGUUCUUACUAUAAUAGUAGGCACUUUUAUCAUUUUUAUUUAAAUAACGGUUCAAAUUCUAUAAGAAAGAUUACAGAGUUAAAGCUUGUGGAAUUAAAACAACGCUUAAAGACAAAUAUUGCAUAAAUAUGAUGAUGUACAAAAGAAAUAAAAAAUAGCGGUAGAAAUAGAAAUAAAAUGGUGAAAUGUUUAAUGAAAAAUAUGAGCACUAUGAUAGUAUGCUAGAAUGAUAAUAUGUAACACGGAAUGGGUUGCAAUACUUAAUAGGAAGGGAAGUGCAUUUUAGACAUUCUUAUUUCAGUCACAAUCAGGUAUAAAUGAGUGUGGAGCCGCUUUGUCGGGUUUUCAUUAAAAUGAAAAAUUAAAGAAGAUAUUACGAAA